AUGCGAGUGGAUAAAACUGCGAUCGAUCUCGCCGAGAAGCCUCGUCCCCGUCAUUCCCGACGGGGGGCGGUGUAUCCUCGGAAACGAGCUUCACAAGCCUGUCAUACGUGCCGUUUCCGACGAACUAAAUGCGACAAUGUACGACCAGCAUGCACAGCAUGUUUGAAGCUGGGGGCGGAGUGUGUAUACGGAUACACUAAUCCUUCCACAUUCGAUCCUGCUAGUCUGGUUAUCCUGCAGAAAAUAAACGAUCUGGAAAAGUUGAUCCAACCCAGAGCUAAUGAGCUACCAGCCACUCCUUCUACAGGCGUUGGACAGAUUUCACUCCCAGCUUCUCAGAACGAUUUUAGCUCGUUGGUAGACGGUCCUAGCACACACUGGGCGCGAUAUCUUAUAAACCUUGACACAGUUCUUCAGUGGCCUCCUUUUGAAGACUGUGAUUGCUCGUCGCGGCUCGUUCCCAUUUCGCCUAUCGCGGAUAAGAACGCCUACUCAGACCCGAAAACUCUACCAUUAUCGGUCGACAUCGACCUCCCUACAUCCGAGAUCUUAUUACAGAGUUUCUUUGGCAACGUUCACAUAUUUAAUCCAAUUCUGGAAGAGGAAGCCAUAAGAGAGCAUGUGAAAACUUUGAAUGGAAUCGGCUGGGAUGCGAUGUCUUGCCUACUACUUCUCAUCUACGCUCAUGGAUCUAUCUCCACUCCAUUUCGGAAGAACAUGUCUGGGCUCUCCCCGCCCGCGCUCGAUGACUCUAUCACUUUUCACCAGGCCGAGUCCUAUUUCCUUGCUGCUCAGAUACGCAUGGGAGCGUUAUUCUACGAUGGUGGAGUUAUUGCAGCCCAGAGCUUCUUCAUUGCAGGUAUGUAUCUGAUGGCGACGUUGCGGCCGUUGGACGCCCGCAAGAUGUUUGUGCAAGCGCUAGCAUGCUGCCAGGCGCUUUUUAACCAUGAAGGCGCUACCAGCGCUAGUUCAGAGGGGAAGUGGAACCAGGAACAAAAUAUUUAUUGGACAUGCUUUAAGUCUGAACUCGAACUUCGGUUGGAGUUGAAUCUGCCACGAAUGAACGACUCAGAAUUCUCUUAUCCAAAUUUCUUUCCGUCUCCUCCCGACCGAUUAAAUACAAAGGAUGAAGUGGCUUGGUACUUCUAUCUAGCCGAAAUUGCGUUACAGAGGCUCCGGAAUAGAGUGCUCAGAUACAUAGGGGACAAGCACCACAAUACCGAAAUGCAGAAUGUCAUCUCCGAUUUCCAAGAGCAAAUGGACGCGCUACACUCUCUCCCCGAACCAUUAGCAUUCAACUGUGGAGACUCCGGUAAGGAGCAAGACGACGCCCUACGUUUCAUUCUCAACGGUCAUUUUCUGGACUGCCAAGAAACUGUUUACUGGCAGUUCAUAGUGAACAUAGUCCACGGUAGUCCAUAUCGUGAGAGUGACCAGGUAUAUCUACGCAAGGGGUUGAAGGUGUGCGUAGAUCGAAUCCAGCAGAAUCGACAAGGCUUCUUUUACCGCCACCAUGGUACGUGGUUGAUGCUGCGAUCAUGUACAAGAAGCGCAUUCGUUUUGCUAGCUGCUGUGCGAUAUACAGAUCUUAAACCGUUUUUGCCUGUUGGUUGGAAGGAGGCUGUGCUAGACGUGACGAGAAUGCUCUGGUUCUGGAAGGAUGAGUCCCGCGAUAUAUAUGAGAUGUUAACUAUCUUAACAAUGUAUAUGGAACGCUGGCUAUCCUGGGACAUGUGA